AUGGGUGAGUGGACAACACCAAAAGAAUUACAAAGUGUUAAAAUAAAACUUUGUUCAUCAUGUGGACAAAAUGUUGAUACAAAUUAUCUUAUACAGCCAAAUGAAAAAAAAAGACGAAAUGAAGAACUUUUGAAAAGAAUUCGAGAACGUAAAGCUAAUAAUACUAAACGAACUUCAAAUGUUAUAUCAUCAACAACUACAACUACGACCCAUUUAUUUGUACCAUCAGUAUAA